AUAUGCAAAGCUUUGACGUGUGUUAACCAAGACAUUUCACAAUGUAUACUAUAUAAUGAAAACAUUGUUUAGUGACCAAUGGAGCGGAGCGAUAUGCUUGGAACCUAAACAGUUAUCUCUGAAUAAUUUAGGUCUAAUUAAUAUUCGAAUAUGUGUCGUGUGGUAACCGGCCGCUUGACAACCAUCAUAUACUCUCUCUGGGGUCCUGUCGAUUGAGAAAUCCGGGGGUUGGUAGGUAUUUGAGAUGGCAUCGAAACGAAGCAAGACCUAGGUUUUAAACUGACAGUCUGAAACAGCAAUGUAAACAUUGAAAGCUUCAUCAUGAUUAGAACAGUAAUGGUUUCAAUGAUCAAAUAAUAAUACAUCCGAGUGUAUUUAAUGGGUAGCCAUACUGAUGACUAUAGGACACCGGUCAGAGAAGAGGACACACAAGAACAAGGACUUCAAAGUGUAACGAGCAGGACCUCGCGAACAGGAAGUGAAACCUUUCGUUACCAAGGCAACAGAAGUUUUCAUUGACGACAUUAUAAAUGGCAUCGAACAAGUAUGUACGGUACAAGAAAGUAUUUUCAUCUUUGCAGAAGGCAGAAAUUGACAUGUACCGUGACGUCUUUAAGUUUUUUGACAAGACUAACAGAGGUUACCUAAUAGCCGAGGAUUUCGCUAAAGCUUUACGGACUAUUAACCAAGUCCCUGCCGAGGGCGAAGCAGAGGCUCUCCUUAAACUCCACGACAUCAACGGUGACGGAAAGGUGACUUUCGAAGAGAUGGUUGUAAUCACAGUCAAAAGGAAGAAAUUCACAGACGACGAGUCGGAGAUUCGUAAGGCUUUCCGAAAGUUCGACAAAAACGGGGAUGGAUUCCUAACUCGAGACGAGCUCGCAGAGGUCAUGAUCUCGUUGGGUGAUAAACUGGGAGUUUCUAGCGUAGAAGAAAUGAUGGAACAGUUUGAUAAAAACCAUGACAACGUCAUGCAGUAUGAAGAGUUCGCAAAGAUGAUGGAAGGUGGUAAUGAUGCAGAUGAGGAAGCGAAGGAAGAACAGGACGAAACGAAAACUGAGACAAAUGCAGAAUCGGAAGGGAAUGUCGACGAGAAAUCCGGCGAUAAAAAAGACGAACAUACCGAAGAAAAGUCCGAAGGGAAAACAGGAACAAAAACUGGAAAUAGUAAAUCGGAAGGGAAAGGAAAAUCCAAGGGAACUAAUAAAUCUGGAGGGAAAUCGGGAACGAAAUCAGAGAAUAAAACAAACAUGAAAAGUGAUGCGAAGCAUGGUGUGAAAAGUGACACAAAAAGCGAUGCUAAACAAACUAGUAAAUCUGGAAGUAAGUCAGAAGUCGGUUGCAGCACUAAGAGUAAUGCUAAGUCGGAGGUUAAAGCGACUGAAAACGAUUCAAAAGGUGAGACAAAAUCUGACACGAAGAGUGACAAAAGGGGGGACAUAAAACCACACGGAAAAUCAAACGCGAAAAGUGUCAAGGACAAAGAAAGCAGACUGAGUGCGAAAAGUGACAGUGGGAGUGAAACAGGAAAGCUCAGUCCGAAAAUUGACUCGAAACACAACAGCAAAUCGAUAAAAUCCAAAGGCGACCUGAAAUCUCACACGCGAACAGAUUCGAAGGGAAGCAUAAAAAGUGACGCGAAAUCCCACACGCGCACAGACUCCAAGGGAAGCAUAAAAAGUGACGCGAAAUCUCACACGCGAACAGACUCAAAGGGAAGCAUAAAAAGUGAUACUCGAUCCACUAAUAGCUCAAUAGGAUGACGUACAUUUGUAUCCCAGUCAUUCGAACGACGCCCCAUAAAGCUUACAAAUAGUACUUAAAUCAAUGGAGGAUGUGGAGUUCAUCUGUGAUUUGAUAUUAGAUUAUCUAUUCUUCUAUAACUAGUUUUCGUUAAGAUUCCGUGAUUUUAAUACAAAUGUUAACAUGUGUGACGUAUGUUAGGAAACAAAAUCAUACAAUCAAAAAAAAUUUGUUAAUUUAACAACCGCCGAUUUUAUCAACUGGACAGCUAGACCAAG